AUGUCCGCGCGAGCAACAGCGUGCACCUGCGUGGCCUCUGAUAUCAAUGUUACCUCGGCGAGCCUGACGACGGCAGCAGGAGUGGCCGCAGCACCUUCGGCUCAGCCCUCCACCUCCCCGGCUCAGAUCGAGCAACUCCGGCAGAAACUGUCGUCAAGCCUGCACUGCCAGCCGGAGUUGCGGGACCUGCUCGGCCUUUGUGCGGAGAGUAAUGCAUGGACGGCCGAGGAGGCGACUCAGCGGCCGGACAUGAUUACCACCAUCGAGCUCUUCCUCCUCCAGGUACCCCGUAUUCCCCUCGUACAGUUCUUUCCUAACCUGGUGACGGUGAAAUUGAUGAGCAUCGGUCUGGAGUCGAUGGCCAGCUUAGCCUCACUCGCCCAUGUUGAAGAGCUGUGGCUGUCUGAUAACAACAUCUGCGUAAUCGAGGGAUUGGACACCAUGACGAGGCUGCGGCGCCUGUACCUGCAGGGCAAUCGCAUCGGGUCGCUCAAUGGGCUGCCGCCGCUGCGCCACCUACGCGAGCUGUGGCUGUCGCGCAAUCGCUUAUCCGCUCUCACCCACCUCACCUCUCUUCGAAAGCUGCGCUCGCUCUACGUGUCCGCCAACCCUCUGGAGAGUCUCGAGAACGCUUUCUCGAAGGACAUGUCACACUUACACGAAGUGAACCUGAGCGGGUGUCACCUCAGCUCCAUCACCGAGGUCCGCCACCUCCAGCAGCUCUCCUGUCUGCGGAGUUUGUGGCUGCUCGACCCGCUCUUCGGCGAUAACCCGAUCUGCCACCUCAACAACUACGCCACCCUGAUCAUCUCCAUGCUGGGCUCCCUCGACAGCCUCGACGGCGUCGUCGUCACAUCGGCGCAACGCUCAGCCGUGGAGUCCGUGCUGCGCAAAAAACAGCUCUACUACGCCAUGCGGGCGCAGAUGCUGGACACCCAAAUCACACUCCUCGCGCGUCACGCCGAGACCUUUGCGCUUUGUCACAUCCAAGACUCCAGGAACGCGCUGCGGAAGUUGAAGUCCUGCGUACAGCCACUGGAGCACGAGCGAGCGGAGCGGGCCAUCUAUCACCUGGAGGAGAAGCACGGCACCGGCAGCAGCAGUGGUUCGCUCGGCCGCGUGACGGCGGGCGAAGGCAAGAGCGGCGACGACUCUGCCGAGGCCCCGCUUGACGUACCGACGGCAACCCUUGAGGCCCUCGCCCGGCAGCUGUCUCGUGCGGUCGACACCCGCGAAGUGCAGGAGCGCAUGACGAUGCUGAGGCUGUCGGAGGCCACACACGCGGCAAAAGCGCAGGCGCAGCUGCUGAAGGAGCGUUUUGCCGUGGAACUACACACAGCCGGCAAUGUCCGCCUCGAGAACCUCUCGCCAGAUCACGAGGUGUACGUUGCUGCCGUAGAAAUGAUGCAGGAGCGCUUCGACAGCGCACUAUUCAACGAGCGCUUUGGAAUUGCGGGGGUGGAGGUGACGUGCGUGCGGCGCAUCGUCAACCGUGGUCUUCGUGUGCGCUUUGAUGAGCGGGUGAAAGAGCUACGCGUUGACUUGGCGAACCCCCAGCUGCGCAGCCGCUUCGUGGGCUUGUUUGGUAUUGUGCCCGUGACCCAGCAGGGCCAGAGCGCUUGCCUGCAGCACGCGCUGCUGAACGGAACGACAGCGCGCCUCGCAGCGCCACGCGGGGACGGAAAGAAAAGCAGUGCCGUAAGCCAGGCGGACAGCACGCUGUGCCAGCCCGUGCCCGCAGAGGAAGGCAUUCCCCUUACGAACAGCCUUUUCUACGCCGAUGAGGAGCGUCUGUUGAGCUGCGGGGCCGCCGCUCGCGGAAUGAGCCGCGGCUGUGACGCAGCGCCAAUCGUCUCGCACCAGAGCUUUGGAGCUGCCACGUUGCCAAGCGAGAGUGAGGCGAGCCCGCCGUUCGGCGGGCAGGUUGUGGUAUAUCGCGUGUACCUUGGAAAGACGGUGCACGCCCUCGGCGGCGGCGCAGGGAGCGCCACCUCGCCGCCCGCCUCCUUCCUGCAGCAAAACGGACGGGUGUGGUGCAAAGACUACAGCACCGACACCUGCGCUGCCUACCGUCUCCUGCCGAGCGCCGCUGCCGCCACCGCCCCAGCAGGUGAGAGCGGGAGUGCCAGCGCCCAGCCGUUGCCGUCGUCAUACAUGUGGUACUGCUUUGACCGCGCUCUUCUCCUGCCAGACUGCGUUGUGGAUUACACGUAUAGCUUGCAAGCCACCCAUCCCUCACAACCCCAGAGGUCACCCACUCCCACAGUCGGUGGAGCGUUGGGGAUGAGUCAGGCAGCGGCUCUGGCGUUACUCAACGGGCUCCCACCGUCGGCGGCGGUGGGGUACGUAGCGAGCAGUGCUGACGCGGACGACAGACAGCGCGGCGGCAAGCAGACAGACAUCAUCGAGGAUGUCCUACGCUGCGCCGAGCCGCUGUUGAAGUUCAUUCACUGGUGCGGUUCGCCUAGCAAGCAAGCGCGGUGCCGCGGCACUGCCUCGCACAAGAACACCUUGCAGUAUGUAGCUGAAUUGGAGACGAACGACGCUCUGGCGAGUGUUCAUAAGGCGCUGGGGAAAACUCGCAUGGCGCGUCUGCUGCAAAACAGUGCGAGGGACGACAGUGCGGGCGGAGGCGAAGCUCAAAGCAGUGACGCCAGCAGCACCAGCGCCGCAAACCCCUUACAGGCACGACAUGUAGAGGAAUACGCGGCACAGAUGGGCGUAAGCGGAACGCCCCUGAUGUUAUGUGUGCUGCGCAGCAGAGGCAUCACAGCCAUCUUGCAGAAUUUUGCUGCGCCCCUCUGUUCAUCCAUCACAGCAUUGGACCUGGCGUACAACCGUAUCGCUUCAGUCUCGUGGGUCGCCUUGGCCAAGGAGGCGCCACAGCUGCAGCGACUCAACCUUAGUGGCAAUAUCCUGUCGCGCCUCCACCUCGACGGCAGCUCUUUGCCCUCCCUGCGAGUGCUGGACGUAAGCGACAACAAACUCGUGGAUGUGACGGACUUCUCGUCGAUCCGCACAGCUGCGGAGGCGCUGGAGGAGCUUCUCGUACACGGCAACCCGUUCCUGCAACACGCCGACGGGCAGGAGGCUGAGGCGCGCCUGUGGCUGUAUUUGCUUCCACCGUCAACCUCAAUUAUGGCGAUGGCCGCAGGUGGCAGCCCGGCCAUUGUGAAGCUCAACGCGCAGUCCCUCGGCGCGUACCCCGGAACCCUGGCUGCCCAGCGAUUUCGCCGUGCCUCUCUGCUGCCAGGAGGACGCCCAACGUCGUACAUGUCCUGCGUCACCGCCUGCCUUGUGAAGUCCGUUCAGCGAGACGAAGAGCUCAGCUGCGCGUCCGCCGGCGUCUUCUCCGUAGACUACAACACUACAUACGAGAGUUCAUUCGAGCAGGCGGCAGCACAACUAGAGCAGCUGACGGCAGCAGGUGAACUAGAAGCGCACCUCCGCGUGGAAUGCGCCCUCCACGCAGCCCUCGACGAAGCCCGCCCCCGCCUCACCAACACAACAAUCGACGACAGCAAUCUGCCGCUGUCGCCGUCAUUACUGUCGUGCUUAAAUGAGUGUCACACGUUCCGCUGGAGCCGCGGCCUGCUGGACGACCCCAGCGGACUCGUGGACCUCUUGCCAAAUCUCUGCUGCUUGACGCUGCGUGGCCAGGCACUGACAGAUGUGCAUCCCCUCCUUCACUUGCGCGGGCUCGAAUGCCUCAACCUGGCGGAGAACCAUAUCACCCAGCUACCAUGCCUGGCGGAACUCAAGGCGCUGCGCGAGUUAGUACUGGACUUCAAUGAGCUAACGGCUCUCCCGCUGGCUCUGGGGCCUUUGCCGACGCUUCGCAUGCUCAGCGCCUCUGGCAAUAAAAUUGUGCACGUUGACGUCAACCUCUUUCUGAAGUGCACCACGUGCGCUGACUCACAUGACACUACCUCCCCUCCAGCGGCGACGCCGCAGCUCGAGGCGCUGCAUCUCAUGUACAACGGCAUCGCUGAUAUGAACGUCAUUUACGCCCUCCGUGAUGUGCCCUCGCUGCUAAUCUUAAACGUCACGGGCAACCCCUGCACGGUCCCCCACGGCGUCACCAACGACGACAACGAAGUGCGGCCGUACCUCAUUCAUGCGUUUCCACAGCUGAAGAUGCUGGACGGCAUCCCCAUCUCGCCUGCGGAGGUGGCCAAGUCGCGCGAGGUGUACGCUGGCAAAAUUAACAGCGACCUUCUCACUGAGCGCGCUCGCGGUCCUCCAGAGACGUGGGCGUCAGUGCGCAGCCUAAACCUCUCGCACAGCUCGCUCAAGGAGGUCAAUCUGCUGGAACGCUUCGUGUCGCUCGAGGUGCUUCAUCUGCAACACAACUUACUCGUGAGCGUCCUUGGGGUGGAAAUGCUCAGAGAGCUGACGGCACUGGACCUGUCGCACAACCGACUUGGCUCGGCGGCGUGGCGCGGCUCCACCGGUGGUGCACUCAGCACCAACGGGGCGUCCGCGACGUCUCCGGCGGCAUUGGGCGACACACUCGCGCACCUCAAGCGCCUCCAGUCGCUCUCCCUGGAGGCAAACCAACUCACCGACCUCAGCACGCUGAAGCUGCGCUUUCCGCACUUGAAGUUUCUCAAUGUGCGCAGCAACGAGCUGCAGCACAUUCAACGCGGGUUAGAACAUCUGCCGGAGCUGCGCGAGCUGCUGCUGGACCAGAACAAGCUGCGCGGCCUCUCCACUGAUGCCUUUGCCGCAAACAAGAAGCUCGUAAUUCUGUCUGCAGAGAACAACACCUUGCGCUCUGUCGAAGGGCUGCAGCGGUGCGGGUCGCUGGAGCAGCUGCGCCUUGGGGCGAACCGCCUGGGCGAACUGAAUGCGUUGCUGCAUGACCUGGAGGCUUGCCCUUUGAAGGCCGCUGUGUUCGUCGGCAAUCCUAUCGCGCGCAAGACCAACUACCGUGCAAUGGUGAUCAUGCGCUUUGCGCAGCUAACAGACCUCGACCGGCGCGUCGUGACACCGGAAGAGCGGGACAAGGCCGCCUCGGCCCGCGUGACGGAGUUGGUAGCGCCGCCUAAUGUGGUGAUCGACAUGAACUACUUUGCCGGCAUGGGAGCUGCGUCAGCAGGAUUGCCAGGGCUGCCGUCGCAGAGCGGGCUCAAGGUGAACGGCGGCGCAGCUUUCUCUUCGCGCGGCCGAGGAGCCGUUCCGCUGCCCAACGGAGCGUCGGUGAAUCGCAGCCCCUCCCAACCGCAGUUGGUGGGCAUGCGCGCCGCAUUUGUGCCUAACAAGCAGGGCGGGGCCCCUGAUCGACUUGUCGUGAACCAGCGCAUUCGGCCCUACCGUCGCUGA